AUGGAUAUGGAAUGUAUUGAGGCCUUUGCAGCACUUGCAGCUAUUCAGUUUGCAUUGGAUCUGAGAUUGCACCACAUAAUUCUUGAAGGUGAUUCGGUAUUGAUCAUUCGAGCCCUUCAAUCCUCCUCGGAGUCAUUGGCAUCUUUUGGGCACUUUGUGGAGCAAGCCAAAUCUGUUCAAAAUUUUACUGGGAAAAAUUUCAUAUUGGCGCCUAAAUUUUUGCCCAAAUCUAUUACUUCUUCACACGGUUCUUUAUCUCUCUUGCUCUCCCUCUGUCUCUCUCUCUCACACAGAAUCAAUUACUCAUACUACCCUCUCGGCUCCCUCAAAUCGAUUGUGAACCCGGUUGAAGCCACCAUGGCCACGGAGGACAUGGGAGCCGGACGCUUCACACUGAACAUUUCUACAGUUAAUGGGUCAGUGGCGAUCGAUAUAGGAAUCAUUCAGGCUUCGGUGACACAGACUGUGUUUGAUCAAAACCCAGUUGCGAUUUUUGGGGUUUCGAGAGUUUUGUUGCUGAGAGAGAUAUUUGGGAAGAACCCAAUCGUUGAUAUCGCUGAUGGUGGCGCUCAGUCACCGGAUGUUUCAUUAUCGCCGGAGAAUUUGCCGGAAUUGUAUGUCUCGCCGAGUCAUUUGUUAUCGCCGCUAGGUCAAGAAAUCCAAUACGAAGCUGCUGGGAAUGGCAUACAGAGAUUCGUGCUUGCUCUUUGUUGUAUAGCAUUGUAUCUAUAGGUACGAGAUUGAUCAUUUCUCAUCGUAAUUUUUAAUUUUUUCUUUCUUUUUUUUCUGAGUUUGUUUGUGUAUUUUUGCGAUUGAUUAUCAUACGACUAAUUGAAUUUGGGGCUACAAAAUUAUUCAAUUGAAGUCAAAUGUGAUUCCACUCCUUGUUCAUGGGUUGGAGUCGAAUAUGACCCCAAUCAUCACCACAACCACUUUGUAGUUUCUUUAAACCUCUCUGGUUUUCAAAUAUUGGGUUGAUUAGGACCUGAGAUAGCAGAAUUGACCCAAUUGAAGUCCAUUGAUUUCAGCAACAAUGGUUUCACAGGCUCAAUCCCUUCUGAAUUAGGUAAUUGUA